GUGCACACGCGCAUCUUAUAUACACUUACCAGCGUUAUUUCUUUUCACUACUCGUAACAGUUGACGUUCUUAUAUUCAAUUUAAAUACUAUAGUGCUACCUGCAAGGUUGUUUUAAAAGCGGAAGCUGGCUAAAAUGUCGGACUGUUCUACAUUUCGUACACAGCUUGCUUCCAUAAUGGAGGUUUUAGCGAAUACGGCAGUGGCAGAAAUCUGCCAACUUGUAGAUGACGGGUAUGCCGUGCUACGCUUGGAAAUGUCUCGAAGCCACAAAGAGAACGAAGCCCUGAAGAGAAAAUUAAAGAUUUUGGAGCUGAACGCGUCUCGAAUGCGUGCAAAGAGAGCAGGAACGUGUGUCAGCCCUGACACAGCUGGGCAUAAUUCUAGUGCGUUCCGAGGAGGAAGAGAGGACGGUCAUGUCCCCGCUGGACAGAGCGGCUUUGGCGUGCAGAUGGACCUUACGCUGGACAGACACCGACAGCCCGCAGCUGAUCGCGAGGAAAGCGCUCCAGUGGUCUCGAGGGAUAAAAAGGAACGUGCCGACGUGUUGGCUGUCAAACAGGAGCGACUUGAAGACUCGGGGUCCAGCGAUCCACACGGAGAAGUGAAGAUCAUCGAAGAGCGAGCGGUGGAGUGGAGGGCAGGCAGCAGGGAAAAACGUCGCGUUGAGGAAACGCAGAAUAAAGCAGCGAAUCACACAGAGGAGCUCACUGAGCAGCACAGGACCAGACGCGCUGUUUGGGAGGUCAGUGGCCUGGAGUCUGCCCUUAAAACUGAGCCAGAUUAUAGUGGCGCUAACAAGAGGGACCAACAUUCAGGAAGUGAAAAUGCCACUGGAGGUCUGUACCACCUGGACUCUGAGUACUUCAUGUUUGGAAGAGCCAGUCAUCCAGGAGCUGUCUUCAUCUCGGAGGGCGGGGAAACGGAGGCCGAGAGUUCGGCCGGCUCAUACGCACCAGUAACAGACUCCGAAAACCUGUCAGUCGAGCUGAUUGACGUAACAUCGGCCUUGAACGGAUGCACCUCUUCAGACGCUCACCUUGUCACAUCACAAGGCCUUUUUGCUCAUUGCAAAGAUGUCGCGAGGAAGAAGGGCUACGUCUGCAAAUACUGCGGGAAGACUUUCUCCCGGAGGAACGUGAUGGUGAAGCACCACAGGGUGCACACGGGGGAGAAGCCCUUCGGCUGCCUGCUGUGCGGAAGGCGGUUCUCCGACUCGAGCAACCUUAAGAAACACCAGAGCGUUCACACGGGAGAGAAGCGGUUUCGCUGCGCGCAGUGCGGAAAGCGCUUUUCCGAUUCCAGCAGCCGGAAGAGGCACCAGACCGUUCACACGGGAAAGAAGCCGUUUGGAUGCGCAGAAUGCGGGAAGCGAUUCACGCGCUCCUGCCACCUCAAAAGGCACUGUCAGCAGUUUCACUCCUGGCAGAUGACUUUUAAUGAACAUGCCGUGUAAAUAAAUACCCCUCACUUUGAUGUGUGAAGCAACACAGCAGCAUUCAAAUGCAAGAAUGGAUUACAAAAAGGACACGUGUUAAUGUGUCAAUUGUUAAUUUUUUCGUAUUAAAAAAUAUUUUAAUACGGUAUUUGGAGCGUGAAAACGUACUUUUGUGACCACCAGUCACCACGUCGCCAAAUCUUCAAAAACAGAAAAAUUAAGGAUGGACACUUUUUAAAAACGAAAUGCAAAUCAAUGCUGUAAUUGUUCAUUAUUUUGAAGAAUCACUUCUUGUUCUUGUCUUUAUUGUGUAAUGUUACUCCUGUUCUGAUGUUAUCUCCAAAACCCAGUACAAAAUUCCUCAGGAAUGGUCAUUAUUUUCAUUUGCAUUAGAAUUAAGGCCGGUAACUGACAUCGGUAAAAUACCAUAAUGUCACGAACACCUAGUACUGCCUGAGAAGAAUUUGCACAGCUUUUUCAGUUUCAUUAAACCAGUUCCUUUGGAUGGGCAUCUCUCCCAUUGCAUGGUUACCCCUUUCCCCCAUCUCACCAUGCAAGGGUGACACCUCUGGCCAGUUGGGGAACUGCAGUUGGACUGCGUCGGCUGCAGAGCGGCUGCAGAGCUCAGCGGUGAGCAGAGGUGUCGGCAGGUGCCUGGGGACACACCCCUGUCUAUCUACGCCUUCCCAAUCUGCUGGGGGAGUUUGCAGCGAUGGGACCAGGUCUGCAGACACAACUGAACAUUCCACAGGGGGGUUGAGUGCCUGUUUCCAUGGAAAUGCUGUUCUGGUUUUUGCAUAGUACCAUCUUUUGCCCCUGAAUUUAAGUCGAUCAUGAUUUUAAUAAAACCCUGCACAGGAAAGGUUAGUAUCAGUUAUGCCAGAGAUGCACAGAUGGGAUGAAUGCACAGUCGUGUUGUUGCAGCAACAGAGGACCUUGUCUUAUGUAUGUUAUUUCUGUGAACAUAAUUAAUAUUUCCAUUGUAUUCAUGGUCAAUCUAUGACUCAGAAUGUAACCUUUAAGGUUAUUUCUGUUCAUCUUUCCAUUUUAUACAGUAGUUGCCUUCAUUAUAAUUGUUUGGAAUUUUCAUGCCCAGAAAUCAUAUUGCAAAGUUUUUUUGUGUACUUUCUGUAUGAGUGCCACUGAAUAGUGAUCUCUAAUGUGUUAGAAGAACAUCCUGUAGAUAAAGGUAUUUCUAUAAAAGAAGAUGGAUUCAAAUGGUGCAGAAUAAACUUGACAAAACAUAUCCGGUAUUAAGCGUGCUGGGGGCAUGUCACAUGCACUAUAGUUCGAUGCCUUUACCAUGUGUUGUGUAUAAAACUGCUCAAGUGGCCACAGUGGUGGAUUAUGAUGGGUACCCCUAUAAUAGAUCACUCUCCUUCUCUCACAUAG